GAAGAGCGGUCUGGGAAAGAGUGACGACAUUUCCCUUCUGCUUGGAAGCUGCCGAGUGAAAGUUUUGCAGCCACGGGGAAAAAAAAAAGUUUGGGACUCUUUUCCGGAGUUGCGAAAUUAGAGAACUCUUGUGGGGGAAGAAAAAAAAAAGGAAAGGGCAGGCAUCAUGUCUUCUCCAUCCAGGCGGCUGCAGACGAAGCCUGUGAUAACAUGUCUGAAGACUUUCCUCAUCUCCUACAGCCUCAUCUUUUGGCUCACAGGGGUCAUCCUGCUGGCUGUGGGCGUGUGGGGGAAGGUGAGCCUGGAGGCCUACUUCUCUGUGGCCGUGGAGAAGAGCACCAACGCCCCCUACGUGCUGAUCGGCACAGGCGCCAUCAUCGUCAUCUUCGGCCUCUUCGGCUGCUUCGCCACGUGCCGGGGGAGCCCCUGGAUGCUCAAGCUGUAUGCCAUGUUCCUCACCCUGGUGUUCCUGGCUGAACUUGUGGCUGGGAUCUCCGGCUUCCUCUUCAGACAUGAGAUAAAGGAGAUACUGAAGACCACCUACGAAGACGCGGUAAACAAUUACAAUGGCACAAAUGCUAGAAGCGACGCCGUGGACACCAUUCAGAGGAAUCUGAAGUGCUGUGGGGUGCAGAACUACACCGACUGGGGGCCCACAGAGUACUUCAAGAUGAACGGGAUCCCCAAGAGCUGCUGCAAGAGCCCCAACCACUGCACGACCGACGCCCUGAGGAACAUGACCAAGGCUGCCGGCGAGGUGUACCCCACGGGCUGCAUCUCUCUGGUCACCACCGUGAUGGAGUCCAACCUGGGGAUCAUCGCAGGGAUUUCCUUUGGAAUCGCUUUCUUCCAGCUCAUUGGAAUCUUCUUGGCGUGCUGUCUGUCGCGGUACAUCACAAACAACCAGUAUGAGAUGGUGUAGCAGCAGUCGCAUACAGGAUACUGGUGUUCUGUCUGCAAGGAGCCAGCUCAAAGGGAGGCCUUAUUGGCCAUUUUAAUUUUUGUAUUGUUUUAGGGAACUUGUUCUUCACUUUAAUUUUUUUAAACUUUUACUGGGUACCAGAUAGAGGGAGAGGCAAAAGACAAUUUACCAAACAAAAAGUAUUUUGAAAGCAUCUGAAGCUAUGCUAUUUUUAUUAUCAAGGUACACCAUUGCUGAAAUUUGAUAUUUAAAGGGGACAUCAUUGUGCAGAACGUGCCAAACACAGCAACAACAGUUGUCUACAUGAGCACCUCUGUCAUAAGAGAGAAUGGCUUGAUUCCAUUAGUCUUUCCAAUAAUUUUUCCAUCUUUGUUAAACAACAUUCCCAGCUAAUCUGUUAAAACACUAACUUUGCACAUCUCUCUAUAAAUGAUGUACCGUAACAAAGCAGUGCCAUUGAAGAAGCUAUUAAAAUGCCUGUGCAUUCGCCUUCAGCAUUCUUGAAACUUGGCUAAGAUAAGCUGACGUGCCUGUAUUUGAUUUUCAUCACAUGCUUUAAGAGUUGAUAUUUCUUCUAUAAUUAGUGCUUUUUGUCUUUUAGAAACUUAAUGAGCUGCAUUGUGAUAGUGAUAAGCUAUGAGACACAAGUCAAUACUACUCUACUACAUGCAAUAAAGUUCUUAGUGUUGCAACAUUCUCCUUCACUAUCCCAGAAAUAUUUCUGUAGAAUAGAAAAUACAUUUGACUUUUGUGACUCAUCGUAAAUGUAGGAAUGCAGAUUAAAAAUUGCGUUGGAGAUAUUCUGCAUUGCUAUAAUGUAUUUUUGCUUUUUGUGACGUGAUCAGUUUCUGCUACCAUUUGUAGCAGUAUUCCUUUUGGAAAAGUAAAGGGAAUUUAAGAUAGUUGUUUUUCCCCACGAGGACAUCAGUCCUAUCUCCCCGAUUACUGAAAUGUUCAAGGUGUUUUAGGUUUUGACAUAGCUGUAGGAAGAAACAUUUCUUCACAUCUAACACUUGUCAUAGUACGAACUGCAUCCUUCGACGGUGGAUUAUUUGUUUUUAAAUUCCCAGACCGUUCACAUGGACUGUUUCGGACAUGCCAUGAGCUGGCGGAGAGCAGGGGGGCAGAGAUGUGUAGGAAAAAAUGGAGACCAACGAGGGGAGGCCGGUUUGGCCCCUCUGGUACUUUGUUGCCGAUUGAUCCCAGGGUCUGAUCCUGCAGACUCAUGGAGGAAGCCAGGGCAUCGGCUUCUACGGCAACAGCACGCCUGGGCAACCUGUUCCACACUCCCGCCACUGUUUGUGUAAAGAGUGCCUCAUGUUCUUGGUGCUCUGUGCACUUCCACAUCGUUUCCACUGGUUUUUUUCACUGCUGGUUCUGUAGAAGACUUUGCCUCAGUGCCUUUGACUUUGACACGGCGUGAAUUUAGUGCAGGGGAAGAGCCGGCUGCUUUCUCUCUUAUUUUCAUUUGAAAUGCACACAAAAACUUGACAAAAUUCUCUUGAAUCCAGACAAGAUAGGUGGGCCGAAUUGCCCCCUCUCGUUGGUAAGUGUUAUGUUCUUCUGAUGUAAACUAGAGGAAUUCAUCAGGGUAAGAUCUGUAACUAGCAUGCUGGAAUUUGUAGUUCUUGGGUGGGGUUGUGCAGCACUAAGUUACUUCCCCCAGGGCCUGCUGUGAUGAGAUGCCCCUAAAACUACAACAUAGCAAGAUGGAAAUGCAACAGGGCAAUACUGUCAUAUAAACGAAUGUGAAAAGCUACAAAGCAUACAAAGCUAAAGCCUGUCCGUUGUUUCUUUUGUUUUAAUUGCUGUAGUCUGAGCACAGUGCAAUAGAAGUUUCAUUGUAGUAUUUUUCUCUUAUAAACUACUUUCGGAAACGUAAUCAGUGUUAAAGGUUGCCAGUAAUAUACGGCAGCAGCAUGUAAAAAAAAUGAAAAAUAAAGCUAACAUUUUCUUUA